AUGUCCCUAGCCUCGUCUACCGCCGCUCGACCUGCUCUUCUUAACAAGACAACAAACGCGCUACUAUCUCCUCGAAAACACAACCUGGAGCCGAGCAUGAAUAGUGAAGACAACAUUAGUAAAGAGGUAGCUAGUAAUAAUACCCCAUCAUCUCCUACCCAACUUGUUGGGAAGAAAAGGAGCAUAGACCAGGUCGAUGUAGACCAACAUAGACCUAGCACAGCCACCAGUUCGUUUAAUAGCCAGAAUAAGAGGGAAGACGAGUUUUAUAUCUAUGAUGAGAGCACACAUUCUAGUAUGGAUAUUGAUAAAGAAGCGUCUUUCCUGCAGUAUUCUUCACAUAACAAGGCUUGUGAUAGCCAGGAACAAGAAAAGGCUGCCGAGAAGGGUUGCUCCCAGGAAAGCACUAGCAUGUCAUCACUCCUCAACCUGAGCUUUGAGUCCGAGAGUGGAAAUUAUAAUAAUGGGAAUUUUAAUAAUACCAAACGGAACUCCCCGUUAAACUCGCCAAACCCCUCACAAAAUGCCAGAAGACAUCAAACAGCUUCUUCUUCUUCCUCUAUACCCACUGAUCCAGAAGCACGAAAGCUAUUUAUUCAGCAGAAAGCUGGAUUACUCCGAGAAAAGGUCCAAACGGCAAUGAAGAAUAUCAAGGAACACAGCGAAAUCGACCGCCGCGUUAUGGAACUCGAGGCCCAGAGCCGCCAGCCAUGGAAUACCCCUUCGCCUCUCAGUCAGCAUGUAAACGAACAUGCAAGCCCUUCUUCAUCUCGUCCUGAAGUGCGUUCUGGUAUAGCACCAAGGGCUCGGCAACCCUCUUCCACCGCAUCUCCAAGCCAGAGCAAUAAUCAGAUGGAUGUAGAUAACGAUUCCACUCCAACACAACAGAAAAUAAACAACCAACCCCAAGCUUCCUCGCCUAAUCAACCAGCAACCAACAACCAGCCAGUUCAAACGCAAGGAAGCAGUAAUGUGGCAAGCCUUCCCGCUGGUAAUCGAAACGGAAGUUCCACGGUUGAUAAGAUGGCAGUCAGAGCUAACCAGGAGACUGCGGCAGAUGGACUUUUGAAACUUAUGAAAACCACUGCUGAGUACGAUGCACUGGAUGAGUGGAGCGGUUAA